UUCUAUAGAAACUACUUCGGUUUGCUAGAGGAACAUUUUAAAUCUGAACUGAACCACUCAUUUUGCUUUCUUGGCCAAAUCACCAAAAUGUCUAGUUAGAACAAGAAUUUAGCAUUCUGCAAAGAAGUUAACAGCUGAGGAUCAUUUAUCAUCACUGUGUACCCAGUGGUAGAGAAGUAAGCAACGAAAACUACUUAGAUACACUGAAAGGUAAGGAGAAAACAUUCUGAAAUGGAUCCCAAAUAUUUCAUCUUAAUGUUGUUUUGUGGACACCUGAACAAUACAUUUUUUUCAAAGACAGAGACAAUUACAACAGAGAAGCAGCCACAGCCUACCUUAUUCAGAUCAUCAACGUCAUAUGUCUUAGCUAAUUCUCAAAACACAACAGAGAAUCCUAUGGGUCAAUCAACACAAUUCAAUGACACAUCUUCUAGACAAUCAAUAUCAUCUGCCAAAGCCACUGCUGGACAACCAACACCAGCUGUCUAUACUUCUUCUGAAAAAUCAGCAGCACAUACUUCCGCUGGACAACCACUUGCCUCUAACACCAAACAACCAAUACCAACAGCCAGCACCUCCUCCCAGCAACCUGUGUUCACCUCUGUCAGACAACUACCACCAUCUACCCAUAUUUUUACCACACAACCACCAACGCCAUUUGUCUAUACUUUCAAUCAACAAUCAUCAUCUGUCCAGAUCCCUUCUAGAAAACAAAUACCACCAACUGUUCAAGAUCCAUCCACACAACCAACAUCAACUGUCAAAAAUUCACCUAGGAGUACACCAGGAUUUAUCUUAGAUGCUACCAGUAACAAACGCACGCCACAAAAAAACAAUAAUAAUUCAACAGCUGCCAUACUAGUUGGUGUACUUCUGACUUCUAUGUUGGUAGCUAUAAUAAUCAUUGUCCUUUGGAAAUGCUUAAGGAAGCCAGUUUUAAGUGAUCAAAAUUGGGCAGGUAGAUCUCCAUUUGCUGAUGGAGAAACUCCUGACAUUUGUAUGGAUAACAUUAGAGAAAAUGAAAUACCCACAAAACGUACUUCAAUCAUUUCACUUACACCCUGGAAACCAAGCAAAAGCAUACUUUUAGCAGAUGAUUUAGAAAUCAAGUUGUUUGAAUCAAGUGAAAACAUUGAAGACUCCAAUAACCCCAAAACAGAGAAAAUAAAAGAUCAAGUGAAUGGUACAUCAGAAGAUAGUGCUGAUGGAUCAACAAUUGGAACUGCUGUUUCUUCAGAUGAUGAUACAGAUCUGCCUCCACCACCUCCCCUUCUGGAUUUGGAAGGACAGGAAAGUAGCCAGUCUGUCAAACCCACAAUGACAAUUUUAUCUCCUCUUCCAAAUGAUUCUCCUAGUCUUCCUCCAUCUCUGGACUGUCUCAAUCAAGACUGUGGAGAUCAUAAAUCUGAAACAAUACAAUCGUUUCCAUCCCCCACUGACUCACUUAACUUGCCCCUGCCACCAGUAGAUUUGAUGAAAAACCAAGAAGAUUCCAACCUUGAGAUCCAGUGUCAGGAGUUCUCUAUUCUUCCCAACUCUUAUCAAGAUCUUAAUGAAUCCCUGCCACCUCCACCUGCAGAACUGUUAUAAAUAUGACAACUUGCUUUUUAGCUGAUCUUCUAUCCUUAAAUGACUCUCUUUUGAUUUUCUUUAUAUGUUAAAAUAUAUAAAAUGGCAACUGGUAGUCAAUUUUAAUUUUUAUUCAGGAACUAUCUGAAAUCUGCUCAGAGCCCAUGUGCAUAGAUAAUUAUUAUUAUUAUUAUUUUUAAGAAGGAGUCUUGCUCUGUCGCCCAGGCUGGAGUGCAGUUGUGUGAUCUCAGCUCACUGCAACCUUUGCCUCCCAAGUUCAAGCAAUUGUCUGCCUCAGCUUCCUUAGUAGCUGAGAUUGCAGCCACGCCUGGCUAUUUUUUUUUUUUUUCACUCUGUCGCCAGGCACCAAGCUGGAGAGCAGAGGCGUGAUCUCAGCUCAUUGCAACCUCCACCUCCCGGGUUCAAGCAAUUCUCCUGCCUCAGCCUCCCGAGUAGCUGGGACUACAGGUGCACACCACCACAUCCAGCUAAUUUUUGUAUUUUUAGUAGAGACGGGGUUUCACCGUGUUGGCCAGGAUGGUCUCGAUCUCUUGACCUUGUGAUCUGCCCACCUCAGCCUCCCAAAGUGCUGGGAUUACAGGUGUGAGCCACCACGCCCAGAUUAUUUUUUGUAUUUUUAGUAGAGACGGGGUUUCACCAUCUUGGCCAGGCUGGUCUUGAACUCCUGACCUCAUGAUCCACCUGCCUCGGCCUCCCAAAAUGCUGGGAUUACAGGCAUGAGCCAUCACACCCAGCUGAAACUUAAAAAAAAAAGUUAUUUAACAGUAAUCUAUUUACUAAUUAUAUGUAGUUUACUUUAAAGGUAAGUAAACUACAUUUUACUUACCUUUAAAGUAAACUACAUAUUACAUAUAUAAGUCGUCUGUGUUUCAAUAAUUUUUUAAUCACUCUAAAACAAUCUACAUAUACUUACUAUUACCCAGUACAGUUUUUUUAUUCCUGAAAAGCUGUGUAUAAACUUAUUGUGAAUAAAUAAACUUUUAUGUUUCCAUUUCAAAGACUGGGGUGGAGAGGAAUAAGAGACUAAGUACACACUCAAAGUUUUAAAUUAAUACCUCAAGUAUUAAAUAAAUAUUCCAAGUUUGUGGGAAUGAGAAAUUAAAAUGCAUGAUUGAGAAUAGAGAAAUUUUCUUCUUGGUUUCAAUGGAAACAGUAAAACAAACAUGCUAACAUCAAACUGAGGGUUUGGGUUAGGGACAUUUACCCUGAAAAAAAUAUGAGGAUGCAUCAUAAAAUGUAAAUAUUUUCCUAUCAUGUUGCGGGAAGACAAACUUUAAAACUAGCAUCUUUAAAAAGUUUCUUUAUAAGCACCCCCAAAAAAAUCAAGUUUAAUAAAGAAAAAAUAAAGGAAAAGAA